UGUCAACUCGCAAAACUUAGAAUACCAUUUUUCAGGUAUCUCCACACCCCCACACAAGCGCGCGCGAGCACGCACACGCGCACACACACAGCUCCACGACUAUGGAUUAUUCCUAUGAAACGUUCAAGGCUCUGCUCCAGUCGCUGCUUGGGCUCUGCGAGUCUCAGACAUCAGAUGAUGAUGAUGAAAAUGCCAGCACGGACCCCGUUUUCAAUCCUGAACUGGUCACCGCCCACUGCUUCAAGCAGUUCAAGCAGGAGGACUUUCACCUGCCUCAAAGCCGUCGGCGGCUCAUCAUCUUGCCUCAAAAGGAGGACCCGGUGCCCAUCAGUCCCACACCCCAACCCCAGGCUCCCCCACAGCCCAUCCCCAGCUUCAAAACCCUGGAAGCCGGGGACACCCAAGAGCAGCCGAUGGACACGAGGACCUGGCUGAGGCAGAGGAUGAAGUUUCGGCAGGACCUGGCGUCAUUUGGCAACACAGAGAGGUGGCUGCAGAACAAGCCCAGUCUCACGCCUUCAGAGGUCAAGAUCUUACACAGGAUCCGCACGGAGCGCAAGGCCCAGGUGAUGGCCCACCUGACUACGACCAGACCAACCAAGGAGAAAAACCUUCGCCACUCCCACCGAUGGGUGCCCCAGCUCCGACUGCCCAAGCCCUCUGCCCUGUCAGCCUUGUACUCUUACCUGCGCAGCCACAAGAUCAAGAUCCUGGAGAUAUUUGACAAGGUCAACUGGGGCGAUAACCAUAGGCUCUCCAGGGAGGAGUUCAUUAUGGCUCUGAGGGUGAUAGGAGUCCCUCUGGGAAACCAGGAAGUAGAGGAUAUUGUGAUUUAUCUCACCUCUCUGGGGAAGGACAAUAGCAUCACCAUGGAUAUCCUGACCAACACCUACAAGCAAUGGUCUUUGGCCCAGCAGAGAAAGGUGCUACCAAGUACAAGGAAGUAUUAUAGAUCUCCCAGGCACAGAGUUUCCCCACGACAUCAGUCCAAGAAGCAGAAGGUGAAGCAGAAGGUGAAUUUAACCCCCCAGCCUCCCAAGAUGGACCUGCUGACAGUGCCCGUGGUUGACACCCAGGAGGCAAGGCCCAUGACCCUGGAGGAGAUGGAGGACGUCGGCAAGCGGUACCGAGAAAGGAAGCGGCAGUGCAAGCUCAAGAUCCCCUCCAUCGAGUACACAGAGCGGUGCCGCCUGGUGCGCAGCGGGAACAAGCACUUGGAUGAGCACUGCCUCCCAUCCACCAUCAGUGGGGAGAUGAAUGAGCUCAUCAACAUGUUCCACAGGGACAACUUUCUGGUCUACCUGCAGUGCCAGAAGCUCUGUGAGUACUACGGCCUCCCACUGACGGAGGACAUCCUUGUGAAAGCCCUGCUGUACCCGGGGGACAAGAUCAUCUUCCAGAAGGACCAAGUGCUCCCCAUCCGGCAGCCAGGAGGCUACUACUCAGACUUGAGGGUCUUCGGUCCAACUCUAGCCCUGCCCCGGUCCCUGGCCUUCAAAGAGCCUGUGGCUAAGAAGACUGACAAGCUGAGUGUCAGACCCCCUUCCCCCUUCCGUUUUUGCCUCCUGCCCUACUGCUGUCAUACUUGGGGUAUCACACUGUAUCAGACAGUGUCUCUGUCUGAACCCGGCAUGUCCGACUGGGUCACCAUGGCCUGGCCAAUCCCCAGUGUCACCCCUGGCACAUGUCUCAGGGCCACAGCCUCCUUGCCUCACUCCGACACAGCUACCCUCCUGAUCCCAUUCCACAUGAUCUCAAGCUCUCUGGGAAAGACUGUAAAGUGGGACUUCUUAAAGAAUCAGGAGGCCCCUUCGCCAAUUAUGGGCCGGGUAUCAGGGGCCCUCCAGAGGACAGUGGUGGCAACCCCUUCCCCUGCCCUGACUUCUCUGGCAAGAAGGGGGCUCACAGCCCCUGGGAGGAGAAAAGAACUCUGCACUGAGUAUUGUCCGUGACCCUCAGGUCACCCUGAGUCUUCUCUAAGAAAAUGUCCUUCUCUGGAAAGAGUUGAAACAUGGAUGCUGGCAAUGAGCCAGCAUCCAUGGGUAACUGCAGAUUGGAGAACAAGAGGCAUCCUGCAGAGGGAUGGGGCCAGCAUGGGAGGAGAAGAGGACAGCUGACUGGAUACCAUGAAGGGGGGGCGGCCCUGGACCUGCCCAUACUCUGGAUC